AUGCAGAUGGAAUAUGAGAUAUUUGAAGAGUUUGAAGAUGCUAAAAAUUCUUCACAUUUAUCGCAUUUUAUGCUCGCGAAUGAAUUUUUUGAAGCUUUAAAUAUUUUAUUAAAACCCGUAUCAUCCAAAGAAGAUUCUUCCGUAGAAGACAUUGAACACGAAAGAACUUUAAGAAAGGCUAUUUCUUUUAUUGAUCCAUUUCAAGAACAACCAUAUCUACUUGAUCCACAUUUAGAGGCCAUGGUUAAACCCAUAAUUGAAUUAUUAAGAAUUUAUAUUAAAUCAAUAAAUGCUCAGCAUGUAGUUCUCUCAAAAAAUAUUACAUAUACUGACAAUAAAAAUGGAGAAUAUAUUAUAAUCCCAAUUAAGAUACAAAGAUUAUUUAGGCUUAUGUAUUAUAUUAUGAAAAUUCGCGGAUUUAAAACCAUCGUAAAGUUCUUCACUCAUGAAGUAUCAGAUUUAGAACCAACAUUUUAUUUUUUGGUAGCAUUAGAUCCAAAAGAUUACGAAAUUUGGGAAACUAGAUAUGUUUUACUAAUUUGGUUAUCUCUUAUUUGUAUUAUACCUUUUGAUCUAAAAACAGUUGAUAGUAGAGUAAAUGGUGGUGAAAGUAAUAAGUUUCCUUUGGUAGAUCAUAUGAUUGGUUUAUCAAAGUUUUAUUUGAAAGCUACUGGUAAAGAGAGAGAUGGUGCAGCUGUGCUUUUGUCUAGAUUAUUGACAAGACGGGAUAUAGCUGAAGCAUAUUUAAAAGAUUAUAUCCAAUGGGCAGGAAGUGAAGUUAGAAAUGUUAUAGAUGUAUUUACGAUUACCGGUAUUCUCACUUCACUUUGUGCAAUUUAUAAGUUAGGCCAAAGACAAACAUUACUCCCUACACUUGAGCAAGCUUGGCCAUGUUUAUUUUUACUUGAAGAAAAUGAAAUAUUUGCUAAUAAUACUUUGGUCAGAAAGAUGUUGGUAAAAUUAGCUCAAAGAUUUGGAAUGUGUUAUUUAAAACCUAAAAUUGCCACUUGGAGAUAUCAAAGGGGAAAUAGAACUCUUAAGGAUAAUUUAAAAGUUUCUGGUAAAAUUAACGCAGGAAUUAAUCCUUCUAAUAUCCAUCAAUCACUUAAAGAAGACGAGGAAGAGGAAGAGGAAAUACCAGAUCAAAUUGAAGAAAUAAUUGAAAUUUUAUUAAAUGGUUUACGCAAUAAGGAUACUGUUGUUCGUUGGUCUGCUGCUAAAGGAAUUGGAAGAUUAUCAAUGAGAUUACCUCGAGAGCUUACUGACGAUGUGAUAGGGUCCUUAUUUGAAUUAUUUUCAGAGAAUACUUAUACGCGUAAUGGUGUUCUCGAGGUGUCUGCAGUAUCAGAUCAUACUUGGCAUGGAGCUUGUUUAGCUGUAGCUGAAUUGGCAAGGAGAGGAUUGUUAUUACCUGAAAGAUUAUCUGAAGUUAUUCCUUGGAUUAGCAAGGCGUUAAAAUUUGAUUUGAAACGUGGAGCACAUUCAAUUGGAGCACAUGUGAGAGAUGCAGCAUGUUAUGUAUGCUGGUCAUUUGCGCGUGCGUAUGCACCAGACAUUUUAGCUCCUUAUGUUCCCGAGUUAGCAAAUAGUCUUGUGGUUGUCUCAGUAUUUGAUCGGGAAGUUAACGUUAGACGUGCAAGCAGUGCUGCUUUUCAAGAGAAUGUUGGUCGUCAGGGAAUUUUUCCUCAUGGUAUUGAUAUUGUUACCUCGGCCGAUUAUUUUACCGUAGGAAAUAAGGUUAAUGCUUUUUUGGAAAUUAGUGUGAAAAUUGCAGAGUUUGUAGAGUACAGAUAUCAUUUAAUUGAUCAUCUCCGUACAGUAACAAUAACAAAUUGGGACAAAACUAUGAGGGAAUUAGGAUCCAAAGCAUUACAUAAUCUUACUCGACUUGAUCUUGAUUAUAUGAUAAAUAAAGUCCUUCCUUCACUUAUACCACAAGCUUUAUCACCUGAUAUGCAUAUUAGACAUGGAGCAUUAUUAUCAAUUGGAGAAAUUUGCUUAGCGUGGUCAACUAUUCAAGGAAAUCAUAAAGGUUGGAUUGAAAAAUACAAUUCUUUGGUUACGCAAAUAUCGAAUAUAAUAGGAUUAUUGCCAAAGCACGUGUUUGCAGAUUUCGGUUCAGAAGUUACAUGUAAAGCAGCAUCACAUUAUAUAGCAUGUUUAGCAAAAGCGGGAUGGCCAAUUAAUGAAGAUAUAUUGGAAAAAUGGAAAUUUGUUGUGUAUGAUUUACUAGGAAGAAAAGAUGAAUUUGGACAAGAAAUUGCUGUUAAUGCUGUUGAAGCACUUAUUCUUCAAUAUGGAAUUAUUGGACAGGAAAUUGAAAAAUAUCCUUUUAUAUAA